CGUAAUAAUCAACGAGUUUAAAAAUAAGUUGUAAUAAUAAUGGGAAUGAUUUUAUUGCCAUUUAUUAUUAUGGCAACAUUGUCAGCGACAACUACUGUUGCUCGGGUUUUUCCAAAAAGAACCAUAUCAACUGAUUUAUCAUCAUCAGAUACCAUUGAUUAUCCAGAUUACAGUUUCAAGUCAGAAAUAUAUCCAGUUGGAACAAAAAGAGCUGCUCUUUUACUUGACAGACUGAUGGUUGCACUUCAAAAAGCAGUUGAUGACCAAGGCAUAGGUGAUUCUAGAGAUGAACGUGGUCUUAGAAAAUCCGAGCCAAUAAUCGAAAUUCCAAAUAUAGGAGCAUUACGAUCUGGAAGUACCAAAAUGGAUCUUCAAAGACGAGGUCAUGUUAAUAACAGUGUAUAUUGGCGUUGUUAUUUUAACGCUGUAACGUGUUUUAAAAAAAAGUGAUAAAUUUAAUAAAUACACAAUAUAAUGACGACAUAAAUUUACAAUUUAUUUUAUCAUAACUGCUCUUGUAAAUCGAAUAUUAAUGUAUAAUAUAUUUAUUUUAAAAUGCAUGGAUAUGUCUCAUGGCUUAAUAAUCAAAAUUUUU